AUGCUCAAGAGAUCAUUACCUGUUGAUCAUUUUCACCAUCGGAAGAACAUGAACAACAAGAAGAUCAAGCCAUCUUCCUCCUCUUCCGCCAGCGCCACCGCUGUUCUCAAUGACGAAAAUUUGCUGUAUGAGGUGUUGAAGCAUGUGGAUGCAAAGACGUUAGGCGCGGCGGCGUGCGUCAGUCGGCAGUGGCACCGGACGGCUCAGGAUGAGAGGCUAUGGGAGCUGAUCUGCACCAGACACUGGGCAAAUAUCGGAUGCGGUAGCAACCAGCUCCGUUUGGUGGUCCUUGCACUCGGUGGCUUCCGAUGUCUCCAUUCUAAUUACUUAUUGCCGUUAUCUAAGCCUUCCAUUUCCGUCGCAACUUCAUCGUCUUCUUCCACCGUCGCCGCCGCGACAUCAUCAUCUGCGUGGCCGUGUCUUCCACCACCACCACCGCGUGCGAUCGUUCCGGCGAAAUCUACCACCGCGAAAACUCGUUGGGGAAAAGACGAGAUCCAGCUAUCUCUGUCUCUUCUCUCGAUUCGUUACUUUGAAAAGUUAAAUUACAAUAACCGAAGCGUAUAA